CAAACCGCGAACUAAUUCGCUGAUCAGUAAAGAUUAGUGUGUAUUCUGAGGAGAGAGCUAAGCCCUCUUAAGUUGGAGUAUAAGAACACCAAGAAACACAGUUGCUGAUGCUCCUUGUGACAUGAAGUGCUGGUGCACCUUCAUAGUGAGUCCAGAAGAAAGAUAGACAUUUCCACUGUUCAUCCUUUACUCUGUGUAGUGGAUGGAACUGGUUAAUUGUCACGAAUGUCCAUGUUUAGGAAUGCUGAAGGCAGAAUUGAAGAGACAUUGUUAAGACCAGUCUUGCUGACUAUUUAAUCGCAAUACAAGCUUCUAAUGAGCUCAGGUAUUAUCUACAAUAAUGAAUGAUGUCAUUCUUCCCUUCCUAGCCUAAAAUUGACAAAAAUCAGUUCAUAGAAGCAGCAUAAGCUUCCCUUCCUGCUUUUACUCAAACUUUUUUUUCCCACUGUAUUUGAUCUUCCAAGAAAUUGUUCCUUGCUGAUCCAGAUGGGUGUCACAUCUAUUAAGAGCUGAUCCAUUGUGAGGAUUAUCUGAUUCUACUCUUAAUAGGGCCAUGUAAUGCUGCUACUUCUCUUAGAUUUAUCAACUUGGCAUUUGGAAAGUUGUUUCUGUGCCUAGUUCUUUUUCCUUUUUGCUCCAGCUCAUUCUUCCAAGAUGGCCCAGGAUGGAGCAGUUAUGUGCUUCCAUCCUAACCAUGCUAUGUCAUGCCAACGCUAUGUUCAAGCAAUGGAGAAGACAUCCCAGCUUCCUCGUUCCAAGAAUGUGAUACCUGCUUCUUUUAAUCCUUAUCAUAGUCUCUCACCCAAUGCUGGCCGGAUUCAUUUCCUCCGCAAGGGAUUAACUGCUGAACCUUUGCGAUCCCAGCUUGGCAUAUAUAACAGUACUGGCUCUCUAACACAGAAGCUAACGAAGAUGAGUAACUUUGGAAAUGGCAGCUGUCUCAUCUCAGGAAGAGUAACAGCUCCGUGUACUCCAUUAAGAAGUUCCCCAUGUCCCUCAGGCAAUCAAGUCCCCCUGGUAGUCCCAGUCACUGGUGGUCAAAGUUCUGUGGUGACCUUUCGCUUUAUUGAGAAGGCCAAUGUGAAAACUUUAAAUGGCUUCCCGCUGAUGGAACCCAGGAAAGAAAACGGUUUGAGCAGAAGUUUGGAAUCUGAAGAGGAUUUUCACUUUGAGCCCAAUACGCCAAGGAGCCAAAAGACAAACGUUCAGACACAAUAUUCCUCACAGAACAAAGUCACGGCAUCCCUGAAUCCUGUCAUUUUGGAUAACAAAGUGGGCUUCAAAGCCCAGACAGAUAAAUCCUCUUUGACCAUGACAACUGAACAGGACCCAGUGGUUCUCAGUGGUAAGCAGGAGCGUCUUGAGUUUAAGCCAAAACCAGAGAUAUCUGCUUCAGAUCCUCUUCUUGCUGGAAACAGAUGUCUUGUAAAUGCACAGCCCGCUUUGAGUCAGGGUAAUGGAACUCCACUUUCUCUUGGUGCCAGUUGCCCUUCCAGCUCCCUCACUGAUGGGAUGAGCAGUCUAUCUAAUGAUCUCUUGUGCCAUCAAAGACACACACAGAGCAGGGAGCCACAGUACCAGGGAAGCUUGUGGGCAUAUUCACGUGAAAGCUCUGUCCAUGCCCAGCGUGUUGCCAAGGCCAAAUGGGAAUUCUUCUAUGGCUCAGUAGAAUCUCCUAAGACAGGGAUGCCAUCUGAGAGUGCACUUGAUCCUUCACCCCAGCUGCUUGAGAAAUCCAAACUCUCAGUGCAACAAAACCCAGAUGAGAUGAGGCCAGAACACAGUCUAUGUCAUGUAGAGGUAGAAAUUGAGGUGACCCCACCAAAGCUUGAAAACUGCGAAACUGGAAUAAUCCGCAGAACCGUGAAGUAUUCAGAGACUGAUCUGGACUCUGUCCCCUUGAGAUGCUACCAUGAGACAAACAUUGAUGAUAUUUUGGCUGAGAAGGAAGAAGUGGAUUCAGCCAUUGAGAGCCAGAAGGACAGCGAGAGCAAUUUCAGUUCCAUGGGAAUUCCAAGGAAAUUAAACCCGGUUCCAAGUGGCCUCUUUUUUCAGCACGCUGUGGAAGAGGAUAGCAAACCUUUAGACAACAAGAAUCAGGGAAAUAAAUACAGUGAAAUAUCUGAAGCCAUGGUACCUCAGCAGGAGAGGUCAAGCAACAGAAAUUCUCAAUUACUCAAGUCUCCUGUGUCUUUCUUCUUUGGGCAAAACAUUUCCAAGGAUAGUAUGGAUUCAUUCAGCAAGCAUUUUGAGAGCAUCAUGGAAUCACAUCGAGCCAAAGGAACCUCUUAUACCAGCCUAGAUUCUAUAGAUAUCCUGUCUUCUCCCACUCAUACACAAAAUGAAACUGUCUUCUCCUUUGAUCUUCCGACUCUUACCCCAGAAAUUCACAAGGACUUUCAAGACAGCACUAAACUCAUUGAGCAGAAUUUUGCCCCUCUAGCUUUUCUGGAGCCAGAUUCUGGAACCAGUUCUGCCACAGAUGUCCCUUGGGCUGAACGGGAAGAGGAAGCAAAACAAAAAUGGAAAAGUAGCUUGCAGAGUCCCUGCCAUUCAGAGGGCAGUUUAGGAAUUCCUCUGACCUCCAUCAUAAGCAAGCAUCACCUCAGUCAACUGGUCUCAGACUCAGAUUCUGAAAUGGACAGCACAGAGCAACUAGCCCUGGGUAGUACGGACACUCUUUCUAGUGGACAUAAUGCUGAUCUAGAGGCUGCUAAGCGUCUUGCGAAAAGGCUGUACAACUUGGAUGGUUUCAAAAAGGCCGAUGUAGCUCGUCAUCUGGGGAAGAACAAUGAUUUCAGUAAGACAGUAGCAGGGGAGUACCUCAAGUUCUUUGAAUUCACUGGAAUGACUCUGGAUCAAGCUCUUAGAUCUUUUCUGAAGGAGCUGGCCCUCAUGGGAGAAACUCAAGAACGGGAGCGGAUCCUGGCACAUUUUUCACAACGAUAUUAUGCGUGCAACCCCAAAGCCAUCCCUUCUGAAGAUGGAGCCCACACCCUGGCUUGUGCUUUGAUGCUUUUAAAUACAGACCUUCAUGGACACAACAUUGGGAAGCGAAUGUCUUGCUCAGAUUUCAUUGGGAAUCUGGAAGGUCUGAAUCAAGGUACUGAUUUCCCCAGAGAACUACUCAAGGCUGUAUAUAGUUCUAUCAAGAAUGAAAAGCUACAGUGGGCCAUAGAUGAAGAAGAGUUGCGAAAAUCCCUUUCGGAAUUGGCAGACCCCAACUCAAAGUCCAUCAAACGCAUCAACAGCAGCAGCAACCCAUUCCUGGACUUCUCACAGGAUCCCAGCAUUGCUAUGUACAAGCACGGUCUCCUGGUGCGCAAGAGCCAUGCUGAGCCAGAUUGCAAAAAGACUCCAAGAGGCAAACGGGGAUGGAAGACUUUCCAUGGGAUACUAAAGGGAAUGAUCUUGUAUCUACAAAAGGAGGAAUAUAAACCUGGCCAAGCCCUGGCUGAGGAAGAUCUAAAAAAUGCCAUCAGUAUCCAUCAUUCACUGGCCACCCAAGCAUCAGAUUACCACAAGAGACCCAAUGUUUUCUAUCUAAGGACAGCUGACUGGAGAGUCUUCCUCUUCCAAGCCCAGAACACAGAACAAAUGAAUUCCUGGAUCACACGGAUUAAUAUGGUAACAGCCAUGUUUUCCGCACCGCCAUUUCCAGCUGCCAUUGGAUCCCAAAAAAAAUUCACUCGGCCAUUAUUGCCCAGUUCUUCCACAAGACUAUCACAAGAAGAGCAACUGAAGAGUCAUGAAAUCAAAUUUAAAGCCAUGGCAGCAGAACUGUUGGAACAUCGUUCCUCCCUUCCUGAAAAGAAGGUGAAAGGCAAGGAGUAUGAGGAACUGAAGCAGAAAGAGGAGUAUCUGAUAUUUGAAAAAUUACGCUAUGGCAUUUAUGCUACUCUAAUGCGCACCAAGUUGAAGACCGGCUCUGAGGAUCUGGCAGCUUUGGAAGCCAGCCUGUUUGUGACAGUGGGCAGCUCAGAAGACAGCUUCAAGGAGUCCCAGUCCAGCCUUUCCCUGAACCAGGAGACAGCUGGCACAGGUUCCAAGAUAAAACGUAACCAUCAGUAAGCAACUAGUAAGCAACAGAGAUGAUAGAUGAUCACUCUUGGCAAAGAAAAUGGCAUUUUCUGUCCUAGAAAUUUGCAAAUUGUCAUUGCUUAUGGUCAAGAGUCAUAUAAGGGAAGACAUUAUCAAUGGGCCCAAUUCUGUAUCAACUUCACUAGUGGAAAGACACAUUAUGACUGCAGUCCUACAUUAUACGGCCUUCCCAGUAUAAUCAGACUAUAGCUUAUGGGCGAAAGUACUAAACUCCACAGUUAAGUAACAGCUCUGCAUUCUUAAAUCAGCGUUUCGCUAUGCCAACUUUUUCUAUCUCUUGCAAAACCAAGAAUAAGAGAGUGGAAGAAAGAAGACUACUUCCUUUCCUUUUCUUACAAUUUUUUGUGAUCUAUUUUACAGUUUUUAGUACCUGAUAACGCUGAAUCACAUUGGAGUAAAAAAAAAAAAGAGUAAUUUUGGCAUGCGUAAGAUAGACAUUAUGUUCAAUAGUACUUUUACACUCGAGUUUUGGGGGGCAGAGGCUCGUCCUUUCCCUUGCAGAUACAAUGCUGUACUAUCAGCCUGCAGGAGCAACUUCUUCAAGGAAGCCCAAUUCUUUCAUCACCAGCAGCUCAGUUAUUUCCUCGUCAGCACAAGCUGGAUCAUGACUUAUCCUGAUAAUUGUUCACUUCUUACAAAACUGGGCAGAGGUUGCAUCUGCUUCAAAGAAACUAUCACUAAUAGGUAAAAUCAGGGAUAGUAGCUAUCUCCCAUUCUCCUCUUCCACAGCAGAACACCAUAGCGGGCCUACUGGUCUUAGGCCUAAUUAGAUUCUGCAGUAAUUUAUGAACUUGAAUGACCAGCACAAAAUCUAUUGAUUAUGUAGUAGAAAGAAACUGGCCAUUCUAUUGCUUGAGCCUGGUGGGGGCAUAUUCAGAGAGAUGGGGGGGGGGAUUCCAGAUGUCCAGGAACGUUCCCAACUCCCAAACCCUUGGUUGUGUAGGUAGUAUGGUCCUAACAGUUGUAUAGAUAACCUGGUCCCUUAACUUACAAUCUCAAAAGGCUUUAAGGCAUGACUCAAAGCUUGAUGAUAAUGUUAUGUAUGCAGUGGAAGAUAAAAAGACCCAGCUGAUCAUUGGGGAGUACAUGAAAUUCUGGAGAUGUGGAAUAACAGGCUACCUGUAUGGUGGGAACAUUGUACGGUAAUACUUGAGAGACAAACACCACUUCCAGAGAUCUGAUAAUGAAUCUCUAAAUAUGUCAGAUUUCUUCUGUUCUAUGCGGACUGUAAAAAAAAAACAACACAAUUGUACAGUUUCUUCUUCAGUUACUGAAGUAAACCAGCUCAAGCAUCUACAGUUCUCCUUCAAACUCUUUCUGUAUUACAGAAACAGGAUAAAGAAUGUGUUAUUUUGAGUGCCAUAAAUCAGGAUCCACAGCUUUAGAUAACUGACCAGCCCCAUAUAAAUGAAUGGAAAGCACUGUAUUUUUCUCGACAAUCUUUCAGAUGUUGGAGAGAAGCCUGUCUAACAUGCUGAAUUGUGCAGAUGCACACAAGCGUUUGUUCUGAAAUGGCCAUUAAGAAAAACCACCCUAAUAAUGCCCCAAAGUGUGGUGGUUCCUAGGAAACGAAUCCCCCAUUCCUUGUCAGAGUUCCAGCAAUGUAACCCAGGAAUUAGGUGUUUUUCACAGAAUAAAAAGGACUGGUUGUUUUCUUGUAACUGUGGUCACUUCUGCGUUCACAAACGUAGCGUCAUUUACACAAAAAUGCCAUCUGGAGCCUUUUAAUGCUCAAGGAUUUGUGUUGAGGGCAGCCAUUGUCUCCUACAUGUAUUCUUGUAUAUGAUUUUGGCCUCUUCCCAAAUUAUCCUGAAACUAAAAAUAUGAGGGAAAGGAGUGCAAUUUGUGUGAAUGCUGAGGUAACCAGCCCCAGAUAUAGAUGGCCGUCAUGGUCUAUGCAUUUCCCACAAAGCAAAUAGAACUUGUGUGAAGCUGUUUCUCAAAUACUACACCUGCUGGCUAAAAGAUCACCUGGCAGUAAUUAUUAGAGACGACUGACCAUUUAAAGGAGAAACUAUUCUCAAGGAAUUUGCUCUGACUCUUCUAGGUAUGACUUCCAUGUAAUUAAUUUCCUUCUAGUUCCAAUCUGAACCAUUGUAAAAUUUAGGGGUAGUAUGAGGGAGGCCUUUAUGGGAACUAUAGUACAGGGGUUCUCAACCUUGGCAACUUUAAGACUUGUGGACUUCAACUCCCAGAAUUCCUCAGCCAGCUUUCUGGGAGUUGAAGUCCACAAGUCUUAAAGUUGCCAAGGCUGAGAACCCCUGCUAUAGUAGAAUCCUUAAGAGUGGUACAGAGUAGUUAUUUGAUCUACAUAAGUUCUGGAGAUUUUCCAGAAAAGAUUAGACAGCCAUUUGUCUGGGAUGCAAUAAAACCCUUUGAACAGCAGCAUGGGACUUUUAGGCUCCCACCAUUGGCCACGCUCAUUUCACCUCCAGCCACCCACCUCAGCCCAUUCACAGCCAGCUUUCCUCUUCUGCUGGCCCUCCUCCUAUGAUUCUCCCUGGCCAAUGGUCUCCUGGCCCAUUCACCCAGACACCCUUUGUCCUGGGUGUUUUGCUCCAUGGGACAAGAAGUCACCAGCCAAUCGGGUGGCAGGCAGGA